AUGAGCAACGGACCAGGGUUGGAUUCUCUAGACCCAGCAUUCACAGAAACAAGCAACAGUUCCACUACAGCUUCAUCAACUCCUAUUCCCGAGGAACUUCCUACGUAUUCACCAGACGCUAUUAAAUCGAAACCACCUCAAAGACGACAGGAUUUCAGCUCUUCUGGUUCCAUGUCGGGAAGUCCUACAGAGCCUGGUACGGAAAGUAAGAGUCAGUUUAAUUUGAUGGACAUCAACACUUGGGAUAGCAUCCCAACGGCGUUCUUUGAGCCCGCUGCGCCCUCGGUGAAUCGCAUCAACAAAAGCGGCGCUCAAAACCAAGCCGGCUCAGGGCAAACUCCGAUUUCUUUUUCCGAGGCUGGGGCCGAGCCGUCGCUGGCUUGGGAUUACUCAAAUGCUGGAAUGGGAGGUGGGGCUGAGAUGGGAGGUGGGGCUGACAUGGGAGGUGGGGCUGACAUGGGAGGCGGAGGGACUCAAGACGUGUUUCUUCCGUUAGCUGAUCAUUCUCCAGGAUCAAUGCAAGCUGACCAACCAUUUAUGUCGUCCGACUGGUCAGCGCCUCCUGUCAGCAAGGACACUGCAAAGUACAAGGAGGAGCCCACACCAAAGCCGAUCACUGGCCAGGUAAAGAAGUGGGAGUGGACCUACUCGACCACUUUAGGCGCCGGGACUUCCACUAGAGGCGGGGAUCGGUAUGACAAGUCCUUGACCUGUUGCCAACGUUUGCCUUACAUCUGUGGUGUGGACGGCAUGUGUGUUAUAGGUAUUGACGAAUGCCAGGAAUUUUGCGCAUGUGCUGCCAAUCCACAAAUGCCACAUUGUCAGGCAGUUAUUCCUCAGAUUAAAAGAACGAUGGCUGCCCUGGAGAAAAAGAUCUUGGCUAAAGUUGCUAAAGAUUUAACUUUAACAACAACGACGACAACGACGACAACGACGACAACGACAACACCAUCUAGAGCACAAUAUAACAGAAGCCCUGUAGAAAACCACUUCGACCCACUGAUGACCGACUUACAAGAGUUUAUGAGACUUGGAGAGCAAUCAGCUGCUACAUCUUCACAAGGACGGUACCCAAUGGCGUCAGGAGCUGAAGCGGACGCAGCACUAAAGCCAGAAGGUGACUCACGAUUUCAACCCUCAGUGGCACCCCAGAACAUAGAAACUAACGCAUAUCUUUUUGAAAGUGCACCAACAUUCCAGAAUACUAAAAAUGAUUUAAAACAAAGUUUAUUAACACAGCAUUCAGUAAAUACCAAAACAACAAUACCAACAGUUGAAAUUUCAAAUUAUAAGCUAAGUCAAGUAAACCAAAACACUCAGUCAGUAACUACAGCCGAAAAAUAUCCACAGAGAACAGCAACACCGUCUCCGAAAUCUGUCAAAACGUUGAUAACAUCCAUCAACAUCAAAUGCAAAGAUGGUUCAGUCCCGAACAAGCUUCGGGGAAACCGAUUUAACAACCCGGGAUCCGAUUACCCCGACCCAGGCACCUUUAGCUGUGUGUCCUCUGAUGAAGUUCCAUCCUGCGAGUGCCACCCCGGCUGGGUGGGCGCCUCCUGUGACCAGCCUUGCCCUGUCGACUGCGAUGACCGCAGCUUCUGUGACGGAGGUGGCGACAAUGACAUCAUCAGCUGCUCUUGUCGCUGGAACUACACGGGACACGGUUGUAGGAAUGCUAAAAAAAUUGUGCAGCAAUCUCCAGGUAUGUACUGGCUUCCUUUUAGAGCACUCUUUAUCAU